AUCAUCACCAAGUAAAAACCAAAAGUUAAGAAACAGAGAAAAAAAAAGAAAAAAAAGCAGAGCAUAGCUUUCACAAAAUUGUAAGCAAUUGUUGUCUUUCUCCGACCUCGGACUUCGUCUCUGUACAAUUUUUAUGUAGCAAUGGAGAAAGUGGCUUCAGAUUUAAAGCUAUUAGAUUUGAAGCAGAGUGGUUUGAGGAAAGCGUUUGAGGCCUUGAAUGCUCAAGCGUCUUCAAUCCUUAUACUCACACUUCAAUGGAAAGACUUGGAGGAACACUUGGAUUCCACAAGGAAGUCCAUUGAAACCCAGUUCAAAGAACUCGAGGAGCGCGAAAAAGAGAUGGGUUUGAAGGUGAAACAAUUGGGUUUAGUGCAGAGUGAGCUUGGUGCAAAGGAAAUUGAAUUGGGUUUGGUGCUGGAGAAGCUUCAGUUGAAUAAGGAGCAACUGGUUUUAAUGCAAAAAUCAAUGGGACGGUACUCUAGGGACCUCGAGUUGAAAAAAGAGGAACUGGAUUGGUUGGAGAAGUCGUUUGAGGAGUGUUGUGACAAAUUGGGAUUGAAAGAGAAGCAGUUGGAGACCGUGAAGGACUUGUUAGAUAAGUAUAGUGAUGAAGUCAUGAUGAAAGGGAAGGAAGUGGAGUUAGCGAAAAAAAGAAUAAAAGAUUGGGCUGAAAAGUUUGUGUUGAAAGAGAGGGAACUGUGUGGGGUUCAAAAGUUGAUUGAGGAGAAAGCAAUAGAGCUUAAGUCAAAGGAGAAACAUUUGGAGUCUAUCAAAAUAUUGAUUGAAGAAAAUAGUGAAGAGCUUGAAUCGAAAGAAAAGCAAUUUGAUCAAAUAGGGAAGUUAAUCAAAGAGCGGACAAUGGAGCUGAAAGUGAAAGAGAAUGAAAUUGAGUCUAUUGAUGGUUGCAUUAAAGAGAGUUCAGAAAAAAUUAAGUCAAAAAAGAAGAUAUUAGAUUUGAUAGAGAAGAAAUUGAUAGACCAGUCUAAAGAAGUUCAGUCCAAGGAGAAGCAACUUGAUUCAGUCGAAGAAUUGUAUAGAAAAUUUUGUGAAGAUUUUGAGCUAAAACAGAGGGAGCAUAAUGCAAUCCGAAGAUCUAUUGAAGAACUCAACGAGGAACUUGAAUUUAAAGGAAAUCAACUGAAUUCUAGACAGAAUUUGAUUAAAGAGUGUGACAAGGAGUUCAAAUCAAAACAGGAAGAGCUUAGAUCAAUUCAGAAAGCAAUUGUGGAAUGUUUUAAGGAACAAAAAUCAAAGGAGAAGGAACUUUAUUUGGUAGAAAAGUCCGUCAAAGAGUGCACUGAUUCUCUUGAAUCAAAGGAGAAGCAACUGAAAUUUGUCCAAGAAACAGUGAAUGAAGGGCUCAAAGAACUUGAAUUGAAAGAGAAGCAUCUUGCCUCACUCAAGAAGUCAUUGGACGAACGUUCACAUAAUCUUGAAAUGAGAGAAAGGCAAGUCAAAGAACGAGUCAAGGAACUUGAUUUGAAAGAGAAACAAUUUGAUUCAAUAAAAAAUAAUCUUGAAAUGAGAGAAAGGAAAGUCAAAGAACGAGUCAAGGAGCUUGAAUUGAGAGAGAAAAAAUUUGAUUCAAUACAAAUAUCACUGAAAGAGACUAUAAAAGAGAAGGAAUUGAAGGGGAACACUAAUGACCUUCCUUCUCAAGUGAAGACCAAGCAACAUGAACACACACCUGCCAACAAUGCUAUUGUUGAUCCUUACCCUGCAUCUUUGAGAUCCCACACCACCAUGGAUGGACGAAGUUUGCAGUUGCUCUUGAAUAAGAAUUUACAAAGGCAUGAGAUGGUGCGUGGUGAAGUCUCUACAAUUCUUCAAACAGCAUCUGACCCUUCGAAGUUGGUGCUAGAUGCAAUGCAUGGGUUUUACCCUCCACAUUCAAGGGAGGGAGAUAUGGUGUUUGAUGUGAAUAUUAUCAGGAGGAGUUGUAUUCUUUUGUUAGAGCAGUUAAUGAAAACCUCAAAAGUUGUUAAGCCUCAGGUGAGAGAAGCAGCAAUGAAAUUGGCAGUUGAAUGGAAGGCAAAGAUGAAAGUGGACAAAGAUAAUGGUCUGGAGGUUUUGGGUUUUCUGCAGCUCUUGGCAACAUUUGGAUUGGGCUCUGGCUUUAAUGAAGAUGAGCUACGGAGUCUUUUUCUCACUAUUGAUCAGCAUAGACUGGCACCUGAAUUAUGUCGAACCCUUGGGAUCAUAUAUAAAGCACCUGUGGCCAGUGCUCUUCAUUCCCAAGUUAAAAUGGAGCAGCUUGAAUAUCUACCAGCCAAAAAUGUUGCUUGUUCUUCUUCUGUAAAUCUUCAAUUAAAUGCCACCACAUAUGGGAGUUUGCAGUUCCUGAAUGAGCAACUGAAUGGGGCUGAUUUGACGUGCAACGAAAUAUUAGCUUCUCCUCAACUGUUAUCGGAUCCAGCAAAGCUUGUUUUGGAUGUGAUGCAAGGCUCUUUUCCUUAUAUUUGGGAGAAGGGAGACACAGGUUUUGAAGCAGGUAUCAUGAAGAGCUACAUCUUAAUGCUACAGCAGCUUAAGAGUCUCUCACCACAGAUACCUCCACAAGUUAAAGAAGAAGCAAUGAAACUGGCGGUUGAGUGGAAAAUGAAAUUCACAGCCAGUGCUAUUAAUUCUUUGGAGGUUUUGGCUUUUUUGCUGCUUCUAGCUACUUAUGAAUUGACAUCUUCAUUCAAUAGAGAAGAGAUUUUAAAGCUUUUUGAAGUUGUUGCAGAGUAUAAACAGGCUCUAGAAGUAUGUCAGACCCUUGGCUUCAUAGAUCAGAUUCCUGAUUUUAUUAAGAAUCUUAUUGAGAGGAAGAUCUAUAUUAAGGCUGUUAGAUUUAUUUGUGCCUUCAAGUUGGUUGACAAGUUUCCACCAGUACCACUCUUAAAAAAAUACUUGGAGAAUUCAAGGAGCUCUACAAAGAACUCAUGCAAGAGAAAGAAAUCACUUGAAGAAAAGGAUAAGGCCGCAAAUAGAGAAAUAGCAGCUCUAAGAGACGUAUUGGGAUGCAUUACAGAUUACAACCUUGAAACCCAGUUCCCUCCCAAGGACAUUGAAAGACGUGUUCUUGAGCUUGAAAAGCUAAAGGCCGAAAGGAGAAAUGCUGCAUCAACCUCUGCCAUCGAAGUUGGACCAAAACAGCCAGAUGUGAAGAAAUGUGAUAAUAGCGGUUCAGCCCGCAAGCAGCAAGUGCAGCCGCAGAAUAGAAACAAACGUGCUCGAACUGCUGUCUCCACUGUCAGACCCCAUGCAAUGCCAGUUCCUGCUCAUGGAGGCCAUGGGCAUUUUGGUUAUGCUGGCAACUACAGUCUUUCUCCUUAUUUGGGUGCUGGGCAGCAGUUUGUUAGAAAUCAUUACUUGUUUCAUUUCUGACCUAAAGCUAAGCCAUAAUUUCACAACCUAGAUAUGCUCACUGUAACAGUCCAAUGUAUAGUUGAGUAAUUUUGGAAAAUCAGUGUAUAGUGGUAGCCUUGGUUAACCGUUUAACAUCUUAGUACCCAUCAUCUAUGAAUCACUUUAUAAUCCAAACUUUUGUAGUGUAGAGAGGCUAGACAUGAGUACAUGGUAAUAGAAAAAUUUUGAAACCUUUA